AUGGAAGAACACAACCAGACGGGAGCGGUCCAUUUCCACCUCCACCCCUUCUCAACAGACCAGGCAGUGGUGUCCCUCAUAUUCAUGGCCUUCUUGCUGUUGUACCCAGGAAGCCUCAUUGGAAAUGUCACCACUGGGCUCACGGUCUGGUGGGACCACUCCCUCCAUACCCCAGUGUACUUCUUCCUCUUUGCACUGGCCAUGCUGGAGAUUGGCUACUCCACCAACCUUGCUCCCUUGACUCUGGCUGGCGUCCUUUCCAUGGGGAGGAUGCUUAUCUCUGUCCCUGGCUGUGGAGCCCAGAUGUUCUUCUCCAUCCUUCUUGGGGAAUCUGACUGUGUCCUUCUUGCUGUCAUGGCCUACGACGGGUACAUGGAAGUCUGUCAUCCAUUGCAUUACAACCUCAUCAUGAGUUGGCAGCUCUGUGGGCAGAUGACUUUAGGUUCUUUAGAUCUGGGAUUCCUGUUGGUGCUGCCUUUGACCAUUCUGAUCUGCCACCUUUCAUUCUGUGGCCACAAUGAAAUCUAUCACUUCUUCUGUGACACGCCUGCCGUUAUGCGCCUGGCCUGUGCAGACACCCACAGGCACGAGGCAGCUCUCUAUGCCAUCAGUGUGGCCGCUGUGGCCAUUCCCUUGCUCCUUAUCUGCCUCUCCUAUGGCUGCAUUGUGGCCACCAUCUUGAGGAUGGAUUCAGCCCAGGGAAAGCGCCGGGCCUUCUCCACUUGUUCCUCCCACCUCAUGGUGGUUCUCCUGCAGUAUGGGUGUUGUACCCUUACCUACCUUUGUCCCAGCUCCAGCUACUCCCCAGAAGAAGGCCAGGCAGUGUCUGUUGUCUACAACUUUUUCUCACCAGUGCUGAACCCCUUGGUCUAUAGCAUAAGGAAUCAAGAAGUGACUAAUGCAGUGAGGAGACAAUGGCAAGAAUGUACUUGA